ACCUUCUGGUCUGUAGUGUCUUUCAAUUGUUUCAAUUUGUCUGUCUAUCUCAUGUAUACCUCCCUUACUUAUCCUGCCAUCCUCGACUGAAAACAGUUGCCUGGUUUUGUAUGUGAACAGAACAGUCGCCGCUGUCUUUGUCUGUGGGUGCAAUGGAAGCUUCAAGCAGGAUAAAAAGGCGGAAUGACAGACGGCCUCGGUUUGGCCAUGAGAAUGGAAGUAAGUUUCAAAAAUUUCACAAAUGCCCCUGCCACGAGCAGGUUCGAUCCCCACCUGUUUUGGCACGCCUUUAUCCUGGCGUCCAACCACUUCUGGGCCUUAUCUUGAGCCUUGUGGGAGCACCAGCAGAGGCAGCUGAUCCAGACCCUUCAGGGCCAGAUGAACCUGGCCCUGGCCCUGACCCUGACCCUGACACGGCUGAUGCAAUGGAUGCAAAGCUGCAAUGCUGUGAAUUGCAAUCUGGCAAGCAGAACACUGGUCAGUGUCCGGUUUCUCGCCGGGAAUUCGGGCAUUCUCCUUCUGUCACAGACAGCGGUGAUGUGCAAGCUACGAAAGCAGACUCAUUCAGAGUUGCAACUGUCACACAGGAACCACGAAUUGCAGCGGCCACAGACAGAGAACAGCGGCAGCAAAGAUCACCCAGAGUUGCUGCGGUCCCAAACGGAGAACAACUGGACCAGAGAUCACUCAGAAUUACAGCGGCCACAGACAGAGAGCAGCUGGAGCAGAGGAUUGGAGUGCUCACACGGGAAACAGAAUUGCAGCGGUCAGUCAGAAUUGCAGCGGCCACAGACAGAGAACAGCUGGAGCAGAGGUCACCCAGAGUUGCAGUGACCCCAAACAGAGAACAACCGCAGCAGAGAUCACUCAGAAUUACAGUGACCAGAGACAGAGAACAACUGGAGCGGAGGAUUCCUGAAAUGAACGCACGCCCAGCUGUUCGAUACCUAGUGGCGAAUGAUGACCAUGCGUUCUCCAAGGGGAAGAUUGAUGGACACGAGUUAAGAAGCCUAGACACUGAUGGAGAGGGCUUGAUGAUGCGAUUGGAAACUGAGAAAUGCAGAAAGAAGAGGAAAAGACAAAGAUGUGAUGAUGACAAAAGCCAUGGGGGCAUGGACAAGGUGGUGAUGUUUCAGACAAAAAAAAAUCGAGUAAAUUCUGGUGAAGAUCAUGCCGCCAUUGCCAAGAGGUUGGGGCUGUGUGCCGAUCAUCUGCGUUCUCCAAACGACUUUGAGCACAACGAGGAGGUCGGGAACUGCCAGGGCCAAGACUUCUGGGGACAGGAGGGGGCUGAGAGGAAGGAGAGGAAGGAGAGGAAGGAGAGGACUGAGAGGAAGAGGAAGGGCAAGAAACCUGUCUGCUAUCUUGAUGGAAGACAGUGUAAUCCGACUGUCUGUGGUGAUGAGAGUAUGGAUCAGCUUCUUGAAGUUCAAGGUCGAGAUGCCGACCGCUGCUCAACAAAGUGGAAUGUGAGAACAGAGUACUUUACUACCAAGCCCCCAACCAAUGGCGUAGAUGGCACUGGCACAAGUGAUUCUUUUUGCAAGGGGUGUUGUGAUGACUCUAGUUGUUUUCUCUCUGCUGCUCAGCAGCCUUUGACAGGGGUCGCCAGCUCAGCUCAUGGAGGAUCCAACUCUGAGAAGAAGGAGGAGCCUCCCUUCCGCAGCAAAUCUGUGACUGCAGAUGUUAUUGCCAUUGAGCGGCAAACGAAUUGCUGCUGCGGCUGCUUCGUUGAGAAGCGGUCAUUACCUGAACUAGCGGGCCUCACAUUCCCUGGUCUUGUUAGGCCAGAUGACCCCUUGUCUUAUAGAGAUGAGCUAUUGAACUUAACGUACGCUGCAUCAUGUGAAGGAUCUCCCAGAUUCUCAUUUGACAGCUCUGUGUUGACCAGACAACAGGAAUGGUCGCUGGAAGAGGUAAACGCCCUGUACAUCGAAGACGAAGCUGGAGCUAUGGCGCCAAAGGGGCCAUGCUAAUCUUCUCUGUGCAAGGAACAUGAGUAUGGACGAAGCACAGAAAUC